AUGCCACUGCAGCAGCCGCAGCCGCAGCCGCAGCCGGGCAGCCCGCCGCGGCGGCCCGCCCACCGCUCCCGGCCCCGGCCGCCCGCCAGCCCUCCGCGCCGCGGCUCGGCCACGCCUCCGCCUUCGCCGCCGCAGACGCUAUCGCCGCCGCUGUCGCCGCAGCACCGCCGGCCCAGGCCGGGGGCGGCGCCCGGCUUCCGCGGGACGGCGGCACUCACCCCGGCCGCCCCCGAACCCACCGCGGCUGCGGGGCCGCCGCCGCCGCCGCCGCCGCCGCCCCCGCAGCCGCGCAGCCCGGACGCGCUGGCGGACGCGGUCGACGGCGGCGGCGGCGGCAGCGGCAGCGUCGACGACGGGGAGCGGCUGGUGCGCGAGUGCGAGCAGUACCUGAGCAGCCACGAGCUGCGCGCGCCGGGCCCGGCGGACUGCAGCCGCGCCGGCUCGGCGUCGUCCCUGUCCGAGGGCGGCGGCGCGGCAGGGAGGCGCGCGUCCAGUUCGUCGCUGCCGCCGGACGACGUGGCCGCCCUCAAGCGCAGGCGCAACCUCGUGGGCCGCUGUGUGAACAAGGUGCGGUCGCUGAUCCGCAAGUAGCCGGGCCCGACCCACCCCCACCCUGUACAUACCGUGCCACGGACUCACUGUACAUAUGGACACUGUUUGUGACGGAGCCACACU